AGGCAGCGGCUGCUGUUCAUUCAACAGGAUCCUGCUGCUGACGUAUGCUGCAUUCUCCUUUUAUCUCCCCUGUAAGAAACAGAGGGAACACAGAGGGAUGGAGAGGAAGUGUGAUGAAGGACGGUUUUAUCAGUUGAUGCUCCUCCUACUUAUUUCCCAGUGUCCUUCCAAUGUGUACCUGCUGCCUUUCCUCAUCAACUUUAAUUAUGUCAGUGUGCUAGAUGAUGUUCCAACUUUGAGAUGAAUGCACCUGAAGGUAAGUAAACUUCAUUAUCCACAAAUAAUGACUAUCUCCUGGGGAUUUUGGGUAUCAAAGCCUUUUUAGUUUAUAAUCUCUAAGGGACUGAGUUAAAAUAAUUACAGGGUCACACGUACACAUGUAUGUUUUUUUGUAUGUCUGAUUUUUCAGGUACGGCCCUUUAAUUUCAUCAUGCAUUGAGAUUUACUCGCUAAUCCCUUUUACACAUAUUUGUAAAAACAUGCCUUGUGUGUACGUCAUAGAUGCAUAAUAUUUUCAAAAUGAUGAUCGUUAAGCAAAAAAUGAUUAGGAAUAGAUAUGCAUCGAGUCCCCCAACCCACAACAAUAAUGUGUAGUACUGUAACUUCAGCCCUGUUUUAUUUUGUGCCUUUUCACUGCAAAUGUAUAUUUUACAAUCCAUGUGUUUUAAUGAAGCAACAGGGAAGCAGUUUGAAUCAAUAUCAGUGUGUAAACAGUGAACACUUGUUUGGGUGCGUGUGUCGAUGUUUUUGUCCCUUAUCAGGAACAAUUCUUCCCUCUCAGUUGUUCAGCACAAAGGCUGCAGACUGAGCUUCAUAACAACCUCUCUCCUCUCAUAUCUGCUUCUUCUCCUCAAAAUAAUGUAGUGUGUACUCAGUGUUAAAACUAUAUACAUCUCUCAGUAUAGGACAGUGGAAGUGGAAGAUUUGAACACCUUGUUCACCACCGCCGGCUGAAUGGUACAGUUGAAGGCUUCCCAUGACUGAGUCUCCGCCUCCUCCCCAUCAUGAAUGCGACCCCCGGUAGUUGCUCGGCAGAGAUGCCGUACGGGUUCCUGCCCCGUCUGAAGGGCCUCUACAUUGCAACUGAGCUCAUCAUCGCCAUGCUCGCCAUCAUCGGAAACUUCCUGGUGUGUCUGGCUGUCAGCUGGAACAAGAAACUUCACACGGUCACCAAUUACUUCCUGGUAUCGUUGGCAGUGGCAGACACUCUGGUGGGUUUGGUUGCGAUCCCCUGUGCGGUGCUCACAGACCUGGGUCAGCCUCACCACAACCUGCCUCUCUGCCUGGUGAUGCUCAGCAUCCUGAUGGUGCUCACACAGAGCUCCAUCCUGAGUCAGUUAGCAGUAGCAGCUGAGCGCUACAUGGCCAUCAUCCUGCCCUUCCAGUACCAGCGCGUCAUGAGCCCGAGGAACGCCCAGCUGGCCCUGCUGCUCACCUGGGGCCUGGGGGCCAUCUCCGGCUCCGUGCCGCUCAUGGACUGGAGAAGACAACAAGCAGGCUCUAGCUACUGUGUCUUCACUUGUGUGGUGAACAUGAGCUACAUGGUCUACUUCAACUUCUUCUGCUGUCUCCUGGUGCCACUGCUGGCCAUGUUCAUCAUCUACGGCCACAUCUUCCUCACCAUCCGACGGCAACUCAAACGCAUCGCUGUAGCCAGGGGGUCUUCGGAGAACACGAGAACUGCUGGUAGUGGGAGCACCGGGACCGAGGACAGUGGGAGUUCUGCUGCUUGGGGACAUGACACAGGGAAUAGAUUCAGUAGACAAGCUAAAGAAAAGGCGGGAAAAUGCAAGACUGAAGUGAGGGCUGUGGAGGAAGUGCAAUCCAGCGUUGGUUCUCUUAUUGACACUGAGACCACCGCUGUGUUUACAAAUCCAGGACUCAGGUCGGCCUCGUCUGGGUCCAGCAGCUCCAGCUGUGGUGCGGCUGACCUCCGGCCAGGCGAGCCAAACGAGGUCAGAUCAGGCCUCCGCUCCCGCCAGGAGGUGCGCAAAGCCACCUCCCUCUUCCUGGUCCUGUUUCUGUUCAUGGUGUGCUGGAUGCCCAUCCACAUCAUAAACGGCGUGCUGCUGCUGUGCCCACAGUGCCGUGUGCCUAUGUCGCUCACACUAGCGGCUGUUCUGCUCUCCCACGCCAACUCCGCUCUCAACCCCAUCCUGUAUGCGUACAGGAUGAGGUCAUUCCGACACACUCUGAUAAGGAUGUGGAGAGCAUUGAGGAGCUUUAGGCUGAAACGCCAGUAAAGGUGUGGUUCUUUAGCAAUUAUUGUUUAAAAACGUGUUUUGCUGUCUGAGUUCAGAGGAUUUAUUGGAGUUUUUGUACAAAUAUUAUCUAUUAAAAACAAAUAACGUCUUAUUUUACUAUCAUAAAUAUUGCUUACAUGGCACAUAAGGAAUAUAAAUGGUUUCUAUGUAAUAGUUGAAUACAUUGAUUUUAUAUUAUAUAAAUUGCACUAGCCACUUUGUGGCAGAU